UAGUACUCUUUGCUAUUCAUUCAGAACAAACCAAAUACAUUUCACACAGUACCAUCAUAUGAAAAAACUCACAAGUCACAACUCAACUACAUACAUUCACCUUCUCUUGUUCUUGCUCCCAAACAACAGUGCAAAAACCCUAAACAAAAACCCCAAAGCAACAGUAAUCCACAGGCAACUCCACAUAUCCAAAUCAACAACCCCUCUCUGUUUCAAUAUAUCCGGCCCGCCCAUUAGGCAAGUCGACCCGUUAAUCUUCUUCCCCAAACUCCUACUAAUCGACUCCAGCAAAUCGAGCUUCACCCCGUGCGGCACGUCCUUCAACGGCCACCUCGACCCGUCCCCGAACUCGUUCCGCAUAAUCCCUUCGUAUGGGUAUUUCACGAGCGACGCGUAUAGACAAAGCCCGACGGGCCUCCCGCUAGGCCCACGGCCCAAUAGGAAUCGAGGUGGCCGAGUGCGAGACGACGUAAGACGAGCGGCGGUACGCGUUGUGGGCCGUCUCGCGCGCGAAUAUGUUCCGGUCGAGGAGGAAAGCGGGCAUGGCCUCAGCGCAUGUGUAGAACGUGGUCGAGACGGCAAACGCGAAGAAACCGAGGCGCUCCCGGACGCCCCUCGGCGAGUCGUCGAGCUUCCGGAAGACGGUGGCGAGUAUGGCGCCGGUUACGAGGACGGCGACGAGACGAGCCCCGAACUGCUCGGGGGACCGUCGGGAGUUCGCGAACGAUCUUUUGGCGACCACGAGGAUUUCUCUCCACAUGGGGUUCGCGUAUUUGCGGCCAGUAGAAAUGCUCGCGCGUGUGGCGUUUCUAAGGGUCGACGAUUUGGAGCUCGGAUUUCGGGUUCCGGAAGGAGUUCCCUCGAGCUCGCGGAUGAAGUCGAGAGCAAACUCCGUCUUGUCCUUGCUAUCCGAGAUCGGGCUCCCGAACGCCGUGAAAAAUCGGGGAAGAGCCCCGGGUGGCCCGUAGAAGACCGCUUGGCCACACGAGAGUAUGAUCAACCGGUCGAGCUGGCGCAGAAUCCGGUAGCUUGGUUGGUGAAUCGACAAAACAACAAUACUUCCACCCCGCGCGAUUUGACGCAAGACUUUGACCGUCAUGUGCGCGCUCGUCGAGUCCAAACCCGAGGUCGGCUCGUC